CCGUUAUCGUGUUGCGUUCGUUUCAGCAGAAAACAAAGAAAGACGGAGACACGGGGGCGAAAUCAGCAAUGGAUUCAUCUCAUUACAAUCCGAGCUAUGACCAAUGGAAUCCUCCUCUUCCUCUCCUUCCGCCGCCGCCGCCGCCAUUGCCUCCACCACCUCCUCGUGAAUCUCAUCCCGAUAGCCCUAGUUUCCAUCUCCUGUCAAGGCAAAACGGUGAGCAACGUCACCAUUAUCUUCCACCCAUGCCGGCGGUUAAUCAGCCGUCUUCCUUCAUCUACUCCCAGCAUCCUCCACCGCCGCCGCCGCAACAGCAUCUUCCAGAGAAAGUUAGGUUUGAGUUUCGUAGAGUCUCGCAGCCGUCGUCAUCCAUUAGAACAUGUACGCAACCCCGAGAUAUCUCUCAGCCUGCUCGGGUUGGGUACAAUGAUAAACGACCUGAUUCAUGGACAGUGGAUGCUGUUCAGGGGAGAGUGGAUACUGGUAGAAGCCGAAUCAAUCAGAGUCAGUUAAAAGCAGAAUCCGUUAGAUGUUUUAGGGGUUUAGACGAUGGACAUAGGAGUUUAUCUUCACGAGUUGGUUAUAUGAGUAGUGGUGUUACAGUUAGACGUGAUAUGAGUAGGUCAUCAGCAAGUCAUGGAGGGGAUAGAAACUGGAGGUGGGAUGAAGCGCCGCAUAAUGGAGGGAGGGUUCUCCCUCUGCGGAAAAGGUAUGACUACUAUCAUUUACAUCGUGGAAGGAGAGAUGGGAGCAAUGAAUCGAAGAGAACAACGCCUGGGAAACAAACGCAGAAGAAGAGUGCUCUGCUUAGGCUUGGAACUCCAAGAGACCAUCACAACGGUAGAGAGAAUGCUCGGAAUCGUUGUAGUUAUAGUGGGAGAAGGUUGGUAGCUAAGCCUGUAGCUUCACCUGCCAGUGUAGGCAUCCGCCCACGCCGGUCUGUGACACCUAGGUCUAGUAAACCUAGAAGAGCAUUGGUGCCUGAUAAAGUUGAGAAAGCUUCGGUAACUGAAGUAAAUGGAAACAGAAGUAUGCUGAAGUCUCGUGAAGAUCUGUUGGACGGAACGGGUACUGGUUGUAAAGCUCGUUUGCCGAAGGGUUUGGAGAUGGAAGACAACGUGAAGAAGAAGACUAAUACGUCUUCUAAGAAAUUAGUUAUAUCAUGGUCAACAGUUGCUGAUCUCUCCUGUGGUUCUGAAGCAAGAAUUCGUUUUGCUGGUAUGUCCAUGUGUAGUGUUGGAUCUCAACCUUGCGAAGACCUUGCUGACCAGGUGUUGGCGAAGUCUGAUAGUGGUUGUAUUGAAGAUGACAGCAAGGGGAUCAAUAAGAAUGUAGAUUCUUUGUCUUCUGAAAAUGACUCUCGCAGGGGUCUCCCUAAGGGUCCAGUUUCCUCUGACUCUCUGGACAUCCCUUGUGUUUCAACGGAGCUUGCUAAUGCAAAUAAUAAUGGUCCAGGGGAUCUUGCUAAUGCUCACAGUUUUACCGUUUGUACAUUUACCAAUACCACGGUCAAUCCAGUAAGUGAGGAUGAGAAUGGUAGCAGAACAGAAUCCAUGGAAACUAGAGCUCUUAAUGGUGCUGCAGAAGUGGCUGACGAUCGGGACAGUGAUAAAGGUAAAAAGGCUUGUGUAAAAGGUACUUCUUCAUCUCUUACAAAGGUUGAUGUAAAGGAAUCAUCAACUGUGUUGCCUGUUAAUAGAACUGAUGGCUGUUCACGUAGUGAUGAAUCAAGUUUAGCUAUGGCGGUACCAUCUGACGAGUUUAUGGAAAAUGUAAGUGCCGAGAGACUUUUGCCUGAUGAAGAUCUGGGUAUAGCAUCUCGAGGUGGCCUCAUGCAUGAGGAAAAUAAUUGUGCUGAGAACACUGAUGUAGAUGCCCAAGUAGAGAAAACAAACCCUUCUGGUGGAACUUUGAACUACAAGACUCCGGGGACUGAUAUUGUUGCUGUUACUGGGAAUUUAGUGUUUCCAUGUAAUUCUGUAUCCAGCUCAACGGGGCGGAGCUUUCGGCAGAUAAGGAGUGAAAUUCAUGUUUCUGCUACAGUUGAUGAAACUUGCAAAGAUAAACCGAAACCGAAGCAUUCUGGUGGAACUAGUAAGUACAGAACUGGGGGAACGAAUAUUUUUGCUUUUAGUGGGGAUUCAGUUCCACGUGAUUCUCUAUCCAACUCACCAAGGCUGUACAGGAAGAUACGGAGUGAAGUUCAUGUUGCUUCGAUGGUUGAUGACACUAGCAAUUACAAAGAGAAAGCAAAGCCAUCUGGUGGAACCUCUAAGUGCAGAACUCCAGAAGCUGAUGUAACAUCUGAUGUUGGCGGUCAAGAGAAAGGGUCACUGAACAGGGUUGAGACUGAUAUAUUUGACGGUGAAGUAUGGUCAUCUGUUGUAAAAGUUUCUGGAACUGAAAUUCUUGGUGAUUUAAGAGUUCUUCUGCCUAGAUCACACUCACAUGCAGAAGUUAAAGAUCACGUAAUAUCUGUCCAAGAUCGGGAUUCCCAAAGUACGACAUCUCUGAGCUCUAGGUACGAAGUAGAAAACAGGAAAAAGAAAUCGAACUGCUCUACUCAGAAAAGGUAUUCCCGUGCCCUGCCUUUUGUAUCUGGCCCUAAGAAAGAUGCUAACCCUCCCAAUAAGUGUCACACUUGGCAUCGAAAGCUCGAUACUUCUGCCUCUCCUUUUGUAGCUGCCAAGCCGUUGUCGUCGACUUUGUUUACACAACCGAAGCUUCCCCUAGUGACUGCCCAAUCUAGUGGUAGUUACGUACGUAUAGGGAAUAGCCUUCUUCGAAAACCCUCGUAUGGUUCUGCUGGUGUUACCUUUGGACUGCCUCCAUCUGCCAUCCAGUUAAACUGUAUCGAAGACAAAACAACGGGAUCUGCCAGUAAGGUUGAUGUAGGUAACGCUUCUUUUCGUGUUAAAACAGGAGAAAUAAUCACUCUCGAGAGGCAGUCAAAUCCUCCCUCAGAUAGCAGCACCUCCAAAGUAUCAAAUGCCAUUGUUACUUCCUCAGGAAAAUGUCCGUUACCUUACAGCGGGGAUCACCUCAUCACUGGUUUACCUGAGUCUAUCAUGGACGCUGCUAUAUCUGGAGAAGCCAAUCUUCCACACUCUGGUGGAGAUGCAUCUAAGACAGACACACUAGCUCAGACAGAUUAUCCUUCAGAUUGCCAGCAGAAGAGAAAUCAUCCUAAGUUGGAUUCUUCAAAUUUGAAGAGAACGGUAUAUGUUCAAAGGAAGGAAAAUCAGUUGAUUGCAGCUUCAGAUAUUCAUGGUGCAACUAAGGGCCAGAUUCCUGCCUCUGAUGGCUAUUUCAAGCGAAGUAGAAAUCAGCUAGUAAGGACUUCAGCGAGCUGUGUCAAUCACUCACCUGAUGAUGCAUUAGAUUCACAAGCCACUACAACCAUGGUUUCGAAAAGAUCAUCUAGCCCAGCUUUCUCCGACUCUGUUGCAGCUGUCACGAGACCAUAUAAGCGGUCAAAAUUUUCUCUGGUUUGGACGCAAGAUGAUCCACAGUCAAGAUUGCGCACAAGUCACAUGCGCUAUCAGAGGAUAUUACCACAACUUGUUCCUUGGAAAAGAGUGACAUACUGGAGAAGACUAAUGAAUUCAGUCUCCGGCUCUGCUUUGCGAAAUGGUUCUUUUUCCAACAGCAGCCAAAAAUUGUCUAUGAUGAGGAAGAGACAUACGGUUUAUACAAGAUCAACUAAUGGGUAUUCACUUAGAAAAUCCAAGGUUUUAAGUAUUGGUGGUUCGCAUUUAAAAUGGUCCAAGUCCAUUGAGAGAGACUCGAGAAAAGCUAAUGAGGAAGCUACCUUGGCUGUGGCUGGAUUUUCAAAGAAAGAAAGUGAAAACCAUUCUGGACAAAGUACUACUAGGAUGACAAGCAGAAACCAUCUGACACGGGAGCGCGUUUUCAGGAUUGGCUCCCUUCGUUAUAAAAUGGAUUCUUCUAGGCGAACUCUUCAGAGAAUAUCUGAUGAUGAUUCACCGUGCUCUGGACCUACUGAAAACGGAAAAGGCGCAAAAAGACCGUUCAUUCCAAAGAGAUUGGUGAUAGGCAAUGAAGAAUAUGUUCGUGUGGGAAAUGGUAACCAGCUUGUCAGAGAUCCAAAGAAACGAACUCGUGCGUUGGCAAAUGAGAAGGUCAGAUGGAGCCUGCACAAUGUUCGCUUGCGGUUGGCUAAAAAGAAGAAGUAUUGCCAGUUCUUCACGAGAUUCGGGAAAUGCAACAAAGAUGACGGGAAAUGUCCCUACGUUCACGACUGCUCGAAAAUUGCAGUUUGCACCAAAUUUUUGAAUGGGUUGUGUGCCAAUGCAAAUUGCAAAUUGACUCACAAGGUCAUUCCAGAAAGGAUGCCUGAUUGUUCUUAUUUUCUGCAAGGCCUGUGCAACAAUGAGGCGUGUCCAUAUAGGCAUGUGCAUGUCAACCCGAGUGCCGCUAUAUGUGAUGGGUUCUUAAAAGGAUACUGUUCAGACGGAGACGAGUGUCGGAAGAAGCAUUCCUACACCUGCCCAGUUUUCGAAGCCACUGGAUCGUGCUCUCAAGGAUCGAAAUGCAAGCUCCACCACUCCAAGAACCAAAGCGAAGGAAGAAAGAGGAAAAGACUAAGCGAGCCAUCAGAGAGAAAUUUCCGUGGGCGUUACUUUGGCUCACUUCACAAAGUCUUAGAAGAGUCUGAGCCAAUGGUAGUGGAUAGACGUCCUACUAGUAACAGUGCAGAUUUUGGAAUAGAAGGUCUCGACUUUAUAUUUCUUGGCGCUACAGAGUAUGAAGCAGGUGAUAACAGUGAUCUAGCCGCCGAGCAAUCUGUCCCCAGUGCUAGUGAAGAAGUGGUUUCAGUUUACAAUCUAAUCAGACCAGUAGCUUUGAUGCAGUAAGAAGCAAGUAUCAGUUUUGUGGUGACUACAAAGGUAAGCUUUCUCUGUUGGGAAGACAAAUGUCUUUUGUCUAAUACGUUAUCUUGUAGCUUUUUAGGGAGUUAAUUUUAGCUUUUGUUCUCUUCUACAUGUGUACAUGGU